AUGAGGGGGCUCCAAGUCCGCUACCACCUCCUGAGUGCCAGGCAUGGCCCGGCAUGGCACAGCAGGGCUGUGGGGAGCAGAGGCUGCCAGGGGCAGGAGGUUCAGCCUAGUGGACUCUGGACCCCUUCACCCAGCCCCUGGACAGAGGAUGGGAGACACCCCAAGCAGUGCAGGGUCAGGAGAUGCUGCUCCCUUGGGCCCACAGGGACAUUCAUCUCCAACUGCCCUCAGCCCGACCAGGACGAGGAGCUGCCCGUGGGAUGUGAGGAGCCACCUGUGGGAUGUGAGGAGCCAGCCAGAGAGGGGCAGCUGGGCUGGGAGGGAGCCCCAGCAGCAGCCCCAGCCCUGGAGGAGCCAUGCAGGCUGGUGCUGAGCACACCGAGCAGCAUCCUGCAGGACAGGGAGAUCCAUGAGCUGGGCCCCCACCUGCCCUCCCGGCUGACACAGCAGCCCUGGCGCCUGCAGUAUUCCACCAGGCGGAAUGGCUUCAGCCUGAGGACGCUGUACCGGCGCGGGGGCCAGCUGGGGUCCCCGGCCCUGCUGCUCAUCAGGGACACGGAGGCGCAGGCCUUCGGUGCCUUCUCCUCCAGCGCCAUUCGCUGCAGCAGUGGCUUCUACGGGUCGGGGGAGACCUUCCUCUUCUCCUUCUCCCCGGAGCUGAAGGUGUUCAGGUGGACAGGCAGGAACGACUUCUUCGUGAAAGGGGAUGUGGACCUGCUGAUGGUCGGCGGGGGCAGCGGCAGGUUUGGGCUGUGGCUGGACGGGGACCUGCACCGCGGGGGCAGCUGCCGCUGCGAGACCUUCCACAACGAGACCCUCUCGUCCCGGGAGGAGUUCUGCGUCCAGGACCUGGAACUGUGGGGUCUGGCCUGACCCCACCAACCACACCUGGGGACAAAGGUGGCACCGGGGGGAUGCUUUGACACCGACGUCUCGUGCACAGCUGUUCCCUGCCAGGACCCGCCGAGCCUGUGGGACGGUGCCAGCCUCGCCCCUGCCUCCCUCCCCCCAACAUCCCCAUGUCAUGUGCCAGCAGCCGGUGGGGGCAGCAUGAUGGGGACGGGCUGCAGUGGGGUCUCAGCCCUGCAGUGCUGCUGCCACCGUGCCGGACUGCCCAGGGUGGCUGCAGGAGUGGCCCCACCACGGCCCCACAGAGCUGCCUGGCUGGGAUGGGGGCACACGGUGGCGCCGGGCACUGUAGGGCAGAAGAUGGAGGAGCAACCUUCGAGAGUGGCACGAUUGCGGCAGGACCAGGCACGCCCAGGAGCUGGCAGGGCUGGCAGGCAGCACAGUCACCACUCCUCAAUAAACAGGCAGAGCUGCGCCCACAGCCUCGUCCUUGCCCUGGAAACAACGAAUGGCACCAUGAAGGUGUGCAGAGCCCCUGGUGGGGAUCAGGCCUGAGCUGUGACAGCACCAGCUGUGCCCUGUCCCAGCCCAGGCCACAGCAAACAGGGGGUCAGCCUGAGGCACUGCUUCAGGGGGGUGCAGGGAUCCAUCCCCCCUCUGGCAGAGUCUACUGUCUCCAUCCACCCCAUCAUCCCAUGAGGACAAGGGUUUCCAGGCUAUGCUGGGCAUCCCAGCCCGACCUGCUCCCACCAGGGAAGGGUGACAAGAGCCCUUCUGGACCCCUUCCCACCCAGAGCUCCAUGACCUGUUGCCUCUUGCCUGGCUGACAGGGUUUAGCUUCUCACUCCUGGAUGCUGGGCGAGCUCUCCUCCACCAUCCCUGUCUCAGCAGCAGGACCAGCCCCAUGGGAUUCCAGGCAGGGGUGGUUCAUGGGGCUAUGGCAGGGCAAGGGCCUGCCUGGUUUGACCACAUUUGAUGUAUUUAUUGUAGGAGCACAACUGGAUGCUGAGCUGAAGUAUCACCCCAUGACCUCACCUGAUGAUCCCAUGAUCUCACCUCAGCUCCUGCCCCUAAACCCGCAAUUUUGUGAAGCCUGGAUCCCACUGAGCCCCAGGCUGCAGCACUUUACACAUUCCCCCACCCUCCCUACCCCACUUUUACCUGCGUUGAACCUCACCAGGCAUUUCCCUGCUGAUUCCAUCUCCCACAGCCCACCCAUGCCACCUCUCCAGCAGCUGGCACCUACUUCUUGCAGAACACAUCCACACAGGCUGUGGGAGAUUGAAGGAGAAACAGGUAAGAAUGGAUUUAAGCCAAGGACAGGACAGACAGAAGAUGAAGCCAGUGCAGGACACAGGCAGACAAUGCAUCAACCAGUCCUGUUUUAAACAUAACCCUUUCAUACCCCCUUUCUGCCUACUCCUUUGUUCCUCCCUCCUCCUCCACUUCCAGAAUCCCACCGACCCCCUCCACCAUCCCCAGGGUUACAGUCUGACCUGUGGCGAAGUUCCAGUUGCCUUUAGUCUCUUGAGAACCCACCAGACAGUUGAAGUAAGGUUUGUCUUCCUCCCUUUCUGAAUCCUCACAGAUAAAAAAAAAUGAAUGGUUCUCCUGCUGCCCACACUGUUCCCAAGGCACUGUGCCACUGGUCAGGUCCAACCUCAUCACCUCCCUUACCCCAUGACCACAAGGGUUGGCUUGUUGUUCACAGCUGCUCUGACCAGGUGCCCUUAGGGGAGCAGACCCUGCGUCCCCGUGCUCCCUGAAUGGCCUCGACACUCCAAGUGGAUGUGCCUGGAGGCCACUGCAGCCCUUCAGGGCACCCAGCUGGGGGCACAUGAGCCCUGUGCCCUGGUGCCACCCAACACUGCCCAGUACCAUCCGCCCGGACCUCACACGUGUCCUCCUCACCCCUUGAGGUGCCACAUCUGCUGCUGCCAACGGCCCGUGAGCACGGCUGGGGCACACAGCACAGACACAGACUCACAAAUGCCUCCCACACCCCAGGGCUGGCAGGCUGUGGCCUCCAUCUUCAGCCCAGAGAGAAGAGAAGGAACAUCUUCUCUGCCCUGUAGAAGCUGCUGCUGCUGUGGCAAAUGGUGGUGGCAGCAGAGAAGGCACCAAAGGUGCAAGCCAUCACCAAACAGACUGGAGAAAGGAUCCAAUAAAUUACCUUGCCCACCCAGGAAGACACCAGGACCUAUUCCCAUUCCAGGCCUCUCAGCACUGCCUAACCCCUCACCAACACAUAGCCCCUGACUUCACGCCCAUUUCACAUUUCUGCCAAUAGUGCUGGGGAGGAUCACAGGCUGGGUGAGGUUGGAGGCACUUCUGGAGGUCACCUUGCCCAGUCCCUGCUCCCUCAGGGCCACCCAGAGCCAGCUGCCCAGGAUGUGCCCAGGCAGCUUUCGAGUCUCUCCACAGAUGGAGACUCCACCACCUCCCUGAGCACCUGCACCAGUGCUCAGCCACCCUCACAGUGGAAAAGUGUGUCCUGAUGCUCAGAGGGCCCCUCCUGUGUGUCAGUUCGUGCCCAUGGCCCCUGGGUCUGUUCCUGGGCACUGCUGAGCAGAGCCUGGCCCCGUCCUUUCUGCACCCUCCCUCCAGGUAUUUAUCCACACAGAUGAGAUCCCCUGAGCCUGCUCUGCUCCGGGCUGGGCAGUCCCAGCUCUCUCAGCCUCUCCUCAUGGCAGAGAUGCUCCAGUCCCUCCAUCACCUUCAUGGCCCUGUGCUGGACUCUCUCCAGUCUGUCCCAGUCUCUUGUACUGGGCAGCCCAGCUCUGGGCCCAGCACUCCAGGG